AUGAGCUACGUGAGAAACAUAUCAAGACUUGGUCAACGUCUUUUCCAUGAUCUAAGGACAUAUUUCAGUAUAACCAGAAUACGAUAUGUGUUUCUGAUAUCCAUACUAUUCAUCAUAUCAUCAUUUGUCUUUAUCUAUAAGGAUGAAAGUUAUCAAUAUACUUCAGAUUCUUUACAAACUAUAAGUGAUCGAAUCAAUUUAAUAAGUUCCAAGAUUGAUAGUUUUAAUAUAAAUGAAAGUUUCAAACAAGAUAAUGAGAUUCCAGACCAACCAGCAUCAAUGAUUGAAUCAACAACAACAUCAUCCACACCUACCACAAUUAUACCAGAUUCAGCUACUACAGCAAAUGGUUUACAUCAUCCAAGUGAAACUGAAUAUCCAAGAGAAAAUGGUGUUAUAUUAAUCUUUGCAAGAAAUGCAGAAUUAUAUAAAUUAGUAGAAACUAUUUGGUCAUUUGAACAAAGAUUUAAUCAAUAUUAUCAUUAUCAUUAUUUAAUUGUCACUGAUAUUAAUCAUACAAGAAAUUUCAGAAGAACUAUACUUUCAAUAACUUCAUCAAAUGUUGAGUUUCAUACAGUACCAAGACUAGGAAUACCAAAUGGGUUAAGUAAUAAUAUGAUCAAAGAAGGUAAAAAAAAUUUUAGGAAACAAGGUAUAAAAUUUAAAAGAACUUCAAAACAAAGAAAUGAAUUAAGAUUUUGGUCAAAGGGGAUAUUUGAAAUUGAAGCAUUGAAAAAAUAUGAUUAUUAUUUAAGAAUUGAUCUUGGUGCUUUUUUUUAUAAUGAUAUUCAAUUUGAUUUUUUCAAAUUUAUGAAAGAACAUGAACGUACUUAUGGAUUUGGAUUUGCACAAAGAGGUCAAGAAGGAUUAUAUCCAUCAUUAUGGGAAAAUACAUUAGAAUAUAUAAAACAAAACUCCGGGGAUAUUAAUAAGAAUAAUAUGAUUGAUUUUAUUUCUGAUGAUAAAGGUGAAACUUUUAAUCGUUGUCAAUUUAGAUCAAAUUUUGAAAUUGGAGAUUUAAAUUUUUUCAGAUCAGAAAAAUUCUUAAAAUUAGCUGAAUAUUUUGAUGAAAAAAAGGGUAUAUAUUAUGAAGGUUGGGAUGAUUCAACUAUACGUACUCUAGCUGUUACUUUAUUAGAAGAUAAACAUAAAAUUCAAUUUUUCAAUAAUAUAGGAUAUAAUGAUCAUGCGUAUUAUAAUUUAAAAUCAUGUCCUUCAGAAGAAUCAAUUAGAUUAUCAACAAAUUGUAUAUGUGAUCCAUUAGAUGAUAUCACAUGGACAGGUGAUAGUUGUAUUGAAAGAUAUUUUAAUGUUAAUUCAUACAAGAUUCCUGAAUAUGUUGAAGAUUAUAAAAAAUUUAGAGCUGAAGCUGAGGAAAGAAAACGUAUUGAAGCUGAAAAGAAUAAAGUUGAAGAAGAACAAGCAAGAAAAGCUAAAGAAAUGGAAUCUGCUGAACAAGCAAAAGUUGAUCAAGAAACUAGUGGUGAAGAUAAAGAUAAAGAUAAGGAUAAAGAAUAA